AUGGACCUUUUGCAGGUGAAGGCCGUACUCGAUGCACGUCACCCCGACGUCGUACGUGUCUUUCAGGACAAUGUGCCAGAGGUCGGUCUGCGGCAGCUGGAUGAGUGCGUGCUCGAGUACCUGUUGAAGAUGCUUGAGGGGCAGAUGAACCCCGCAUCGUACCUGCCGGAGGAGACAAUUCGUCACACACUCAAACUCUACCUCGCUGAGUUCGCCGUCUGUCCCAGUGAGGACGCCCUGAACAAGGCGGUGGAUGCGAUCUGCAGCGAGAUGGAGACACGGGGCUUGGCGCAGAAGCCAAAGGAGGAUGUAAGUCGUCUGGUUAAUGCUGUUAGUAUUGGGCGGCAAUAUGAAGAAAACCUAAAGAAAGCGACAAUGAUAAAUAACGUUGGUAAAGUAACGAUGAUAAAUACAAAUGCAGACUGGACGUGGGAGACGAAACGCAACGCAGCGAAGGAGACACGCAGAAAAAGAAAGGAGGAGGAGAAGAAAUCAAUGAUGGCGGAGGAAUAUGAGGAAUUUUUGCGCAAACGAGGCAUUGCCAAUGCCACCGCCAUCGUGAAACUGCACCACAAGAAUGAGGGAGGAUCGUACUCCAGUGAAAUUCGCUGCGAAAACAUUCAUAUUCACAUGGGCAAGAACGUUCUGCUUGACAACACGGAUCUUAAUAUUUUAACGGGUCACAAAUAUGGUCUUGUUGGUCGAAACGGCACGGGUAAGACGACUCUGUUGCGAGCUCUCACAGAGCGAGAAUUGGAAGGCGUGAGUCCUUUUGUGCAGAUUUUACACGUGGAACAGGAAGUGGUGGCAGGCAACGAAACGCCAUUACAGGUGAUUCUUGCCGCGGACGUUGAACGUGAACAGUUGCUGCGAGAAGAGCAGGAUCUUUUAAAAUGUGACGAUGAUGAGGCAAGCACACGGCUUAAGGAGGUGUAUGAACGACUGGAUGCUAUCGAGGCCCACAGUGCAGAGGCCCGUGCGUCAUCCAUUUUGAAUGGUUUGAGCUUUACGCGUGAGAUGAUGUCGUCUCCUACAAAGAAUCUUUCAGGUGGUUGGCGUAUGCGAGUGGCGUUGGCACGCGCGUUGUAUGUGGAGCCCGAAGUUCUUCUUUUGGAUGAGCCGACGAACCACUUGGAUCUAUUUGCCGUUUUGUGGCUUGAGCAGUUUUUAAAAGACUGGCGUGGCACACUUGUGGUGGUCUCUCACUCUCGCUCCUUCUUGAAUAAUGUCUGCCAGGAGAUUAUCCACCUCGAUGACAAACAACUGCGUUAUUAUACGGGGAAUUACGAGCAGUUUGAGUUGACACGGGUGGAACAGUUACGGCAGCAACAGAAGAACCACGAGGCACAGGAACGACAGCGUGCCCAUAUCCAAAAAUUCAUAGACCGCUUUCGGUACAAUGCAAACCGUGCAAAGAUGGCUCAAUCCCGCAUUAAGAUGCUUGAACGCAUGGAGGUUGUGGCGGCGGUCAAGUACGAUCCACAGUUUACCUUUAAAUUCCCCGAGCCGGAACCCGUGCCAGGAGCGUACCUGCAGAUGGUAGAGUGUGAAUUUGGGUACAAAGCAGGCCAGACACUUUUCCAGGAUGUUAACUUCGGCCUCGAUGAAAACUCCCGUGUUGGACUUUUGGGGGCAAAUGGUGUGGGUAAGUCGACUUUUAUGAACCUUUGUUACGGCAAGCUGGAACCACGCCAGGGUCAUGUUGUGCGCAACAAAAAAAUCCGCGUUGCCCACUUUGCGCAGCACCACCUGGAGUUUCUAUCACCACAACUUUCCUCGAUUGAGUUUAUGCGCUCCAAGUUUCCACACGUGGAGGACCAGAUGUUACGCGCCCAUCUUGGUUCUCUUGGUCUUACGGGUGAUAAGGCGCUACAGCCUAUUUACACGCUCUCUGGUGGCCAAAAGUCGCGUGUUGUGCUGGCGUGGAUCACCUUCACUCGUCCGCACCUGCUCUUGUUGGACGAGCCCACAAACCAUCUUGACAUUGACUCUCUGGAUGCGCUUAUUGAGGCACUAUUGGAGUUUAAGGGUGGUUUGCUAGUGAUUUCCCACGACGAACACUUUAUUACGUCUCUUUGUGAUGAGAUGUAUGUCUGCGCCAACAACACCAUCAGGCGCUUCGACGGGGACUUUAGCGAGUACCGUGAAAUUGUUCUCAAACAGCUACGCUAA